UGUUCAUACAAUGAGAGUCUUGUAGUUGCUCUCGGUGCUCGGCUACUGCCUCGGUGCACCGUACGGACAAGCGGUUGUCAGCGGAAUACUGAAGCAGAGGAACAGGAACCGCCGAGGGUCGCUUUGUGCGUUUAUCCCUGCGUUUAGGGUGCGCGUUUUUUUUAAUCUUCUGAAUUUCAACGAGACCGUCUGCGAUCCGGAUAGAAAGAAAGAAAGAAUUAGAGAGAGAGGGAAAGGGUUUGAGAGAGAGAUAGAGAGAGAGAAGAGAGAGAGACUGGAAUAAUGACUCAUUUCCCCAAAAAUGUCUCGAGUGCCAAAGUUAGGUGGAUGGAUCUCCGAGGAUCUCGUGUAAUGGGAACGCGUCGCCUACUUUGUAGAUUCUAGAUGUUGCUCGGGUGUUUUGUGGUGUUUACGCGGUGUUUCGAGGAUCUGCUACUGAGCCAUGUGUCAAAGAUGUAAUCCGUUGUAAAGACAAGUUGGCCGUGAUGUGGUUUUAAAUGAACAAACCGAGCCACACUGGAUGGGAUUGAUCCUAUGACCGACCCGCUCGAGUAGUAUUUGAAUCAAUAGGUGGAAUCGUCCAGGCGUUGUGUUUUAACAUAGAAAAGAGACGUCAUCGCGAUCCUAUUCUGCAUUUAUUUUAAUAACUCCGUGACGAUCGCGCUGUGUUCCGUUAUGCGUGUCGGGAAUUUUUUUAUGUACGCUUUCAUAGCCGAAUGUAAUUAUUUUCCAUGACCGUAUUGUUGCUGCUGGUCAUCUGCUCCGAGGACUGAGUCCAUAAACUUCUGGAGACAAGGGGGAGAGUAGGCUAUGGGAGAGGCGACACCCGCUCAUCCCAACACCGGGGGGUUCGUACCGAUGUUAGGAGGUGUGGGCAUGGGUUCGAUGCCCGGCGGGGUGAACGGGGGGCCGAUGAUCGCCGCCUCGCGGGGCUCCUCCGUCCCGCAGUUGCACAGCGCGAUCGUGGAACGUCUGCGCGCGCGCAUCGAGCUGUGUCGCCGGCACCACGCGACGUGCGAGAGCCGCUACCAGCGGGGCGAGGCCGAGCGCUCGGACCGCGGGCACGAGAGCACGCUCCACCUCCUCAACAUAGUGCACCAGCAGGGCACGGGCACCCGUAAGGCCAAGGGCGGCCGGGGCUCGAACCAGCAACCCUCCACCGAGUACAGCAGAACCAACGGGGAGCAGAAGAACCAAAACUCUGAGGGCGACAACAAGCUCUCGACACGGAUAGCUCUGCAAGGCUCCCUGCGCAGGAAGCUCGAGGGCCACGCUCCGGGCCCCCUCCCCAAGCAGAACGGCCUCUCCUGUGGCAUCUCCGGCGCUGACUUCAAGCGGGCCCGCCUGGACCGCGGGGGCCUGGGCCCGCCUCACGGCCCCUGCGGCCACAACUUCGCCCAGCCCCAGUCCCUGCAGGGACACCCGUCCUCCUCGUCCUCCUCGUCCUCCUCGGCCUCGUCCAUGGACAACGUCCUGCACCGGAAGAGCUUCAUGCUGCCGCCGGGCGUGGACGCCGACACCUUCAACCUGACGCUGAAGGAGAUGAAGCAGGAGCCCAGCGAGGUGGCGUCCUGCGGCCAGUCCACCGCCGACAUGAUCUUCGACUUCAAGGAGGAGGGCGGCGGGCAGAUCGACCCCGAGCUGCAGGACCUGUUCGACGAGCUGACCAAGACGGUGCCGUCGCUCAACGACCUGGAGUUCGAGAAGAUGCUGAAGCAGGACGACGCCUUUGGACUGGACCUGGAGCGGACCGGCUCCGCGGGUGGUGGGGGAGGGGGGCCCGCCGGCCUCUUCGCCCUCCUGGGGGACAAGCCCAUCAAGACGGAGUUCUCCCCGACGGACUACUGCCACGCGCACGCCAGCUCGCCCCAGCUGCGGCCGGCGUCGGCGGGGCCCUCCUUCACCAUGACCGGCGGGCCCCUGGGCUCCGCGUCGCCCUCGGCCCUGGGCCAGAAGCCCCCCGGCGGCCCGCCCCCCAGGCCCAUGCCCUGCUGGCCCGAGGUGUCCCACGCGGAGCAGCUCAAGCAGAUGGCGGCGAACCAGCAGCAGCCCAAUGCCCUGCUCCACCACCAACAACACCCCCACCCCCAUCACCCCCACCACCAACACCACCUGCAGCACCACCAGAACGCCCCCGCCGGGAUGGCGGGUUGGGCGCCCUCCGUCAACCCCCACUCCGCCGCCGGCGGCCCCGGCUUCUCCCAGGACAAGGCCCCGCUCAACCCCCAGCGCAUGGCCGGCCCGCAGGCCAAGGGGAUCAACCACUGCCUCUUCAAGGCCAACGGCCACAACGGAGUGGGCGGCGGCCACCUGGACAUGAAGGUCCUGAGCACCAAGCCCACGUUGCACUUCAGUCCCAAGGUGGCGACCUCGCCCAACGCACCCAUGUCCGUGAUGACGGGCGCCCUCAACAAAACCUCAGUCCAGCAGCAGCAGCAGCAGCAGCCGCCGCCGUCGACCCCGGGUCAGAACCAGAACCAGCACCACUACCAGACCUCCCAGAUCCCGGGGCCGGGGUCCCAGUGUCUGCAGCAGAAGGCCCUACCUCAGCACGGACCGGGACUACAUUUCAAACUGGCCCAGCGGCAGGGUAUUUCUCCUGGACCCCGGCUGCCCAUUAACGGCCAGUCUCAGGCACAACAGCGACCUCUGGUGGCCAUCGGACAGCAGAAAAGCCCCGCCAAAACCCCGGUUCUGCAGCGACAGCUCAACCAAUCGCUUCACCCGCUUGGCGAAGCGGACAAAGACAAUCCACAGGACCAGUUCAGCAGGCACCUAACCCGACCGCCACCGGACUACAAACAGACCAGGAGCCUAGGAGGAGGACCACCUGGGACCCUCUUCACAGGUAUGAACUCCUCCCAGUCCAUGAGCAACGGUCCUGACACCGGCCUCCCACCCAUGGCCUGCCACUUGCCCCACAACCCUGGCCCCAAGAUGAACCCCGCUCCGGGGGACAGGAGGUUCGGCGUGGGCGGCGGAGGUCUUCCAGGCCCCUGUCUCGGCCCCUUCCAGCCGCAGACCAACCAGCACCGCAUGGGACUCGCCGGCGCUGCCAACAAGCCCCGCCUCCAGCGGCCUGGCACCCAGGGAAGUCCUUUCUCCAUGAACGGGGCACCGCCCUCCAGGCCCUCCCUCGACCAGCAGGCCCCGCCUCCAGGCCCCGUUUCGGGGCUUGCGGGGCUGCUGUCGGGGGUCAAUGCGGCCUGGCUCCCGGGGAUUAAGCAAGGCCAGGGCCAGGGGGUGGCUCCCGGGCUGGGUGGUGGCGGUGGUGGUGGUGGUGGUGUGAGGAGGCUCACCAACCCACCGCCCCCACACGGCACAAAGCUGGACGGGUCAUCGAACCAUGCAUACCAGCAGAGGCACACCGGCCCGCCCAACCAGGUGGCACCAGACAUGGGCCCGCUCCUCGCUAUGAACCCCGCGCUAAGAAACAACCUGCCCCCCAGAACCAACCAGCCCAUCCCGGGGAACCCCAGCCAGUCCUCCCCGGAGCAGAGGGUGCCGGCCGGGAACUUCUCGGGGGCAAGCCCGUCGCCCGGUACCUACCAGAACAACCGGGUCAACCGGCUGACCUUCGACUUCCUGCCCGAGGGGGACAACACGGUGCCGGGCAUCAACACAGACUCGGACUUCAUCGACUCCCUGCUCAAGUCGGGCUCAGGGAACGACGACUGGAUGAAGGACAUUAAUCUGGACGAGAUCCUCGGGGGUCACUCCUGAACCUCGGAGUCAGGGCAUGGGAGAGGCGGACCCCCCGUCGUUACCUAAAGGGUUGUCUCACAUGUCAGACCGUAGAUGACCUGUCUGAAGUCCGAUGGAAGACCAGCUCAAAACGGGUGGCUCCCUUUUCUCUCACUUAUUAUUUUUUUUGGACCAAUCAUGUUGCUGGAGACAUCUUUAAGCAUGUGAUUGGAUAUUAACAGCGAACCUGGACUCGGCCAUCGCUCGGAAGAAAAACUGUCUGUUAUGGUUUCAAAUGAACUUGACUGGCAACUGGCCACUGUAGAAAUACAUUAAUAAAAAUCCUUUCCAGAAAACGUUGUCUACUUAAGUGAAUCACUUUUUCUACGGUAAAAUAUCUCCAAGGCGUAACGCCGCCCCUCCAGUGGUUUCCCAGCCCAGGCUCUGUGCUGUCUCCCCCCAGAAGUUCUGCUAUACCAUAGUAGGACUGCUGGACCUAUUUUGCGUGUGAGAGUUACAUUUGUAAAUUAUGUUAAAAAAAUAUUUUUUUUAUAAACUAAUUGUAUUGUUUGCUAUCCAAGUAACAUGUUUUGUAUGUAUUGCCGUGAAGUCAUAUUCUCUCUGUAGUUCUCAGGUCUUUUGUUCUGGGGAAGAUGACAGAGAAAAAUAGUUUUGUCACGGUGGCCAUAUUUGUAGUCUUUGUGCCCAUGUUGUGGUUCAUAGAUAGAGGAUACAAUAACAAAUGCAAAAACAGUGAGGGUGAAAAUCAUUGCUGUAUUCUUUAAAAACCUAUUCUUGCAUUAUUGAGCGUUGUUUCCGUAUAAGCAUCCAAUAUAUAUAGCAUGAUAUUAACCUAAAACAUUUUUCUUUUGUUUAUAUAUCAUGUACAGUAUAUCUUGACACAUAAUUAUUUUCCUACUUAUUCUUCAAACUUUUCAUCUGUGGUAGAUUUUGAUGCAAAUAAAGAAUUGUAACCAUUUGAUUUCUUCCACAUAAUAUUUAAUAAAUAUUGGGAUAUUGUAAUUUGUGUAAUUAAUAAAGUUGAUUGAAAAGGUG